AUGCCUAAUAACAGACAGGUAGCUAUACACAGACUGUCAUUACUAGGAAAGCGUUUCAAAGGUGAUGCAGAAUUUCAAGGACAGUACGGUGAUUUCAUGAAUAAGAUGAUGGAGAAUGGCUAUGCGCGAAAGGUUCCAAGUAGGGAUUUGACACAGAACGAUGGAUGUGUUUGGUAUUUGCCGCAUCAUGGUGUAUUCCAUCCAAAGAAAAACAAAAUACGUGUUGUAUUCGACUGUGCGGCACGUUUUCAAGGAAGGUCCUUGAAUGAAGAAUUAUUGCAAGGUCCGAACCUUACGAACACUCUUAUUGGAACAUUGAUCAGGUUUCGCGAGGAGCAAGUUGCUAUUAUGGGGGACAUAGAUAGCAUGUUUUAUCAGGUUAGGGUCCCAGAAUGUGAUGCUAGUUUGUUACGGUUUCUAUGGUGGGAAGAUGGGGACAUUAAUAAACAUAUUGUUGAAUAUCAAAUGAUGGUUCAUUUGUUCGGUGCAAGGUCCUCGCCGAGUUGCGCGAAUUAUGCAUUGAAAAGAACUGUACAAGACCGUAGUGAUGACAUUGAUGAAGAAAUAGCUGACACUGUUAUGAAAAACUUUUACGUGGACGAUUGCUUAAAAUCCGUUGAUACUGUUGAUCACGCGAAAUCAGUUGUGAAAGGUUUACAAAAAGCUUUGAGUCAGGGCGGGUUUCACAUAUCAAAGUGGUUGAGCAACAGUCGUGAGGUAAUGCAGGCAGUUCCUGCUAGUGACAGAGCCAAAGAGAUUCAAGAUUUAGACCUGGACCAAGACGUUCUUCCCAUUGAUCGUGCACUUGGGGUGCAAUGGAAUGUUGAGUCCGAUAUGUUCUGUUUCAAGGUCCACCUCAAGGAACGUCCACUUACCAGGAGGGGGAUGUUGUCUAUGAUUAGCAGCGUGUAUGACCCUUUGGGAUUCCUGGCGCCAUUUAUGCUUCAAGCUAAGAAUCUUUUGAAAGAUCUGUGUAGGUUAGGUCUAGGCUGGGAUGAUCCUGUCCCAGAAAAAGUUGUCGAGCGGUGGUAUCUGUGGCUAAAUGAUGUUGAAAAGCUAUCCGACUUCAGCGUUACUAGGUGUUUGAAGCCAUCACUGUUUGGAAAAAUUACUUCCGCUGUCCUACAUCAUUUUUCUGAUGCCAGUGAAAGUGGAUACGGAAUUGUCACAUAUCUCAGAUUAGUAGAUUCAGAUGAAAGAGUUCAUUGCUCAUUUGUGAUUGGAAAAUCGCGUGUUGCGCCGUUGAAACAGGUCACAAUACCGAGAUUAGAACUUACAGCUGCUACAGUUGCUGUUCGCACAGACAGAAUGGUGAAAUCAGAAAUUGACAUUCCGUUGAAUGACUCAGUGUUUUGGACUGAUAGUAUGUCGGUUCUUCGCUACAUUAUGAAUACCACAUCAAGAUUUCACACAUUCGUAGCUAAUAGACUAUCGGUAAUUCAUGAAGGUUCGAACCCCGACCAGUGGCGGUAUGUGAGCACGAAGCUCAACCCAGCGGACAUAGCUUCCAGGGGUAUUCCAGCAACUGACCUCUCGAGGCAUUGGAUUGAAGCACCAGAAUUUUUGUGGAAGUCCAUAUUACCGGAAACUACCAUUCCAGUAUCAGAUUCUCUACUUGAUGAUGACCCCGAGGUUAAGAAAAUAAACUUCGUGAAAUCAGUUACAAACAAUGUUACUUUUGAAUCAAUUGAAGAGGAUCCAAUUCACAAACUAAUAUUACACUAUUCUUCAUGGCUAAGACUUAAAAGAGCAGUAGCCUGGAUACUUAAGGUUCGCGCAAAGUUGUUGCAACGCGUAAAGUGUAAGUCUAGUUCGCAAAGUCAUUUUUCUGGUGACAUUGACCGUGGUUGUCCUGACAUAACAGUUCAUGACUUAAAUCUAGCUGAAAUAAUUGUCAUCAGUUAUACUCAGAAAAAUGCAUUCCCAGAGGAAAUCGCGACUCUCGCGUCCGGAAAGUACAAAUUGAAAAGAGACAGUUCGAUAAGAAAUCUUGACCCUGUUCUUGAUGAUGGACUUUUGCGUGUUGGAGGUCGUUUAAACGAGUCAUGUAUGCCAAUUGAAAGCAAAAAUCCUAUCAUAUUGCCAAAAAACUGUCAUGUUUCUAGUCUAAUAAUGAGACAAAUUCAUCAAGAUCUCAACCAUGUUGGUCGAAACCAGAUGCUUUCGAAAUUAAGAGAAAGAUUUUGGCUGAUCAAUGCACCGUCAGCUAUCAGAAAAAUCAUUUCAAAAUGUGUAGUUUGUAGACGACAGCGAGGCAGCGUUGGUGAACAAAAAAUGUCCGAUUUGCCUGAAGAUCGAGUCACGCCAAAUGAACCACCUUUUACGCGCGUAGGUGUGGAUUACUUUGGACCCUUUGAGGUUAAGCAAGGAAGAAGCUAUGUAAAACGUUAUGGUGUUAUUUUUACGUGUUUAGCAAGUCGAGCUGUUCAUUUGGAAGUUGCCGCGUCUCUAGACACUGACUCGUACAUCAAUGCAUUACGUCGUUUUAUUGCUCGUCGCGGACAAGUGACAAAAAUGCGGUCUGAUAAUGGAAGUAAUUUCAUUGGUGCCAAUAAGGAACUCAAGAAAGCGAUUACUGACUGGAAUGUGUGUCAGAUUCAUGACGCAAUGUUACAGAAAAACAUAGAUUGGCAGUUUAAUCCUCCAGCAGGCUCGCAUCAUGGAGGCGUCUGGGAACGAAUGAUUAAGACUGUACGUCAAACUCUAAAUAGUGUUGUGAAGGAGCAAACUCUUAAUGAUGAGUCCUUACAUACUUUGUUUUGCGAAGUUGAGUCUAUAAUCAAUGAUAGACCAAUUACCAGGAAUUCAGAUUCACAUAAUGACCUUGAGACGUUAACCCCGAAUCACCUUCUUCUUAUGAAACGUAAGCCAAGUUUACCUCCAGGAAUCUUUGCGAAAACAGAUAAUUACAUCAGACGUCGCUGGAGACAAGUUCAGUACAUGACUGAUCUGUUUUGGCAUCGGUGGACUCGAGAAUAUUUACCUCUACUCCAAGAACGUCAGAAGUGGUGUGACGUCAAAAGAAAUUUAUGCGUUGGUGAUGUUGUCCUAGUUGUAGAUUCUAACGCGCCAAGGAAUUCGUGGUUGAUGGGUAAAGUAACAGAGACUAUUCCAGAUAGAUUAGGCCAUGUUAGGCAAGUGAAGUUGAAAACUGUGUUCAAUACGAGCUUGGUACGUCCAGUUGACAAGCUAUGCUUGCUUCUUGAAGCGGAAACAUAG